AUGGGUUCUUAUACCAAGCAAACCCCAGCUCAAUUGGCUGCAUCAGUUGGCAAAUUUUUUGGCUGGCAGAGAACCUCCAGGCUCGAACUUAGCAAGGAAAUGGUCUCAAUCACUGUCGGCAAAGACAAAGAUGCACAAAAAUUUCUAGUCCACUCGGAUUUGAUCACUUAUCAUCACCCUCGUCUGUUCUGCGAUGUUCGUAUGUCGAAAGUGGGAAAUGAAAUUCUGAGGGGUUACUUUGAUGUAUACCAACAACUGCACCCUGAGGUUUUCAUUGGCUUAUUGCAAUUCGCCUAUCAUGGAAAAUUUCUGCCUGAGACUCCUCUAGAAAUCCUGUGGCAGUUGUACAUUUAUGCCGAGAAUCGUCGUUUGAUCGAUGUCGAAGAUAUCCUCAUGAACCGCAUUGUCAGUACCUACAAGAACAACAAGCCUUCAAUUUUCCCCGAUGCUCGACAUAUGCAACUGGGAUAUAGUAACACGAGAAAGGAUUCUGCCGCUAGGAGGUUCUUGACUAUGUGCUAUGCACAUCUUUUGAAUCGCAAUACACAGUUCCCCGCACAUCCUAUUUGCUACAAUGAGGCGCUGGCGGAUGCGGCUAAGAAUGUCGAUGGUCUUCUGCUUGAAACUCUAAAUCUUAUGAAGUGGAGAGGAACAUCCUAUGAUGCCGACAAAGACGCUAGAGAUGCUUCACCGUGUCUCUAUCACCACCACGCCUGGGGAACAAAAUGUCCCAAUUUCCAAGAAAAGGCAUGA